AUGCACCCAAUACAGAAGUUGAACAAGAGGAGCGACGCCGAAUUGAUCUCUCGAGCAGCUGGAUUCCAUGACGAUGACGAAAGUGGGACGGAUACCUCGGCCACAGCAUGCAGAUCGACUUACCAAUCUUACUUCGACUGGUGCUACCGUUCCAGUACAGACUGGAUACUAUGGUAUCUCGUCGGCGAUACAUCGAAACAAGAAGACCAAAAAACAGACAAUACCACAAAGCCACCUUGCCGCGUCGACUCCGCCAUUGGACUUGAUCUGCUGAAUCAAGAGAAUGGACAACUGUGCCGUAACGCGGCGUCGAUACCACCCACCGCAAUCGACCUUACGUUUCGUUUUGAAGAUGGUCAACUCGCCAAAACACUGGAAUACCGUACGUUCGCAAGAUGGGAGCACGUCAGCACACUGCUAGGCCAGCUGAGCGAAGACGGCAUCAUCGUCCACACGCUCUGGGACGUUGACGAAGACAUGCCGAUCAGCAGUGAUGAGAUCGAACAUCGGCGACAUGAGCUUAUCAACAAGAAGCUGUCAUAUCUGCAUUAUAAACUGACAAUGAACCCCAAGCCGAAUGAACACCUGCCAGAUAGAUUGCGGGAGACACUGAGGCGAACCAUCGGUGGCCAAAGACGUUCAACCGGAUAUCCCUACCUUGAGGUCACUGUGGUGGCACUCGAAAGGGUCCUUCUUGACUACUCUCAGGAGCAAGUGGAGGCUAUACUCGAACUCGAAGCCACUCGUAUCGAGUGGUUCCGCGCAAACGGCUUCGAGCUCUGCUGGAACAAUCACGAGCUGAGCUAUGAGUAG